AAAAGACUACAAGUAAGUUUUGGACCUUGAGUUAUGAUUAUCGUUAUGUUGUCAUGUCAGGGUUUUAAUGUUACAGAACUCUCUUUUUAUACAUCUUUAAUAUGAGACAAUUGAGUCAAGACAGUCAAGACACUUAAAGAGGGAAGAAUGACUGAGCUUCUAUUAUUUUGUAACAUUCAGGGCCUGGUUCCCUGGAAGACAGUUUAGUUUAACCCAAGAUGAGGCCAAACUUUAAGCACAGUUUUCUUGUCUGAUAACAUGUAACUCCAGCUUACAAAAUACUGUUAAGCCUUAAGUCUGAGACACAGUAAUGAUAACACAAAGUGUUACUCUAAGCAAUGCAUAGGACGGUAUGUAAAUACAAAAAGUAGAACAAAAUUUUAAUCCUGAAUUAGUGCUUAUCGGUCUUUCAGGAACCUGACCCUGGACAUCAAUAUUCUUAUUUCUCAAGGUUACUAAGAUUACAAUGUAAAGGAUGCUAACUGUACAAAAAUUUGGUUUUGUUAAUUGGGAUCUCUAUACAUGUAUUUGCCCCUGGAUGCAGGAGCACAGUUUCUUUAAAUAAUAUUACUGCGUACUAGAAAUAUUUUCAGGAAAAGAUUCCACAUGGCGGAAACUUGGUCAUGUUUGUGUAACCUUAUUUGUUACUAAUAUUACUAGGCUAAUCAAGCUUCUAGAGGAAAUCAUGGGCGAGUCAGAGAACAAGUCCCUUAUAUUCACCGAGACUAAAAGACGAGCUGAUGAAUUAACAAGAAGGAUGCGUAGAGAUGGGUAUGGUUAUUCUUUAUUUGCUGCAAAUGUUAGUUUUGUUUUUAUCUGAAGAGCACUGAUGACUGUUCAGUUUUUCUGAAUUCUAAAUGUUGACCACAUUGAAUUCCUCGUUACUGAUGCUCUUGGUAUUUUGUUUUGUUUUGAUGAAUGUUAUAAGAUGAUGUGUAUUGAGUUAUCAUUUUCAAUUUUAGGUGGCCUGCUAUGUGUAUUCAUGGAGACAAAUCUCAACCUGAAAGGGACUGGGUAUUAAAUGGUAGGUUGAAUCUUCACUCAUUAGGGUUGGUAACAUUCAGAUGCCUCCACAGAAUGAUUGUCACACUGAUUGUUGUAAUCACAAGAGUCAAAUAAAUAACUAUUGCAAAGUAGCCAACAUUGAAUGCAAAGCUCAGGCAUCAUGCAGAUGCUGCCCUUCUUUGUGCUUGAUCUUGAGUAUGUUCACUAGAGGAAAAGAGCAGAAAGACAGUUUUUCUUAGUACAGGUUUCAGGUAUAAACAUGCAAGCAACAACUGCUGCAAGUUAUGCAGUAAAGACUGAGCAUCCUGUACAUACUGUGAUGCUAUUUUAAAAGGUGCAGCUAGUAGGGACAAUAAAGAGACUACUCUCUCAUUAUUUUGUGAAAGUAUAUUUUUGACAUACUUAUAAGACCUCAAUGGAUGUUAAUUAUUUUAUCCAUCUUUUGCUGUGCAGAAUUCAGGAAGGGCAAUGCUCCCAUCUUAGUUGCUACUGAUGUUGCCUCCAGAGGAUUAGGUUUGUUUAAAAUACUCUGUUUUUUUUCCUAUACUGGUUUUUCCCUAUUUAAUGCAAGCAGUUAGAGUCCUUUUGUUUUUAUGUGUAGCUAAAAUGCAGAAACCUUUGACUGAUAUUUUGUACCAUUACUUGUAGUUAGAUUCUAGCAUAACUAAAAUAUUUUUGCUUGUACUUAUGCACUAACUUUACGACUUAUUUUUUUUAACCCUGUAGUAGGUUUAUUAGUUUGUAAUCGGAGGGUGCACCAUCCAUGCUGUGGUUACUAGUUGUCCUUGAUUGGAAGGAACUGUGCAUGACCUGGGUUUGUCAGCUGAGCUGGAGGGAGAGGAGCAGAUGUAAUGCCGUACGCUUCUGUUGAUAGGUUCUCCAUAAAUCACUAUCCAAAAUUCCUGUCACAGAUUACCAAAAAUACUCAUAAGUACAUGUAUUAACUGCAAUCUUGUGGGCCACUGUCAGAUGCACACAUGCAUACAGAUGUAAACAUUUUUUUUAUUUCAGGAAAUCUGUAGCGAUCUCUCAAGAGACAUAUUUGACUUAACCUUCAAAGACUUUUCUGUUUGCAUGUCUUAUUGCUCAGUGUGGUUUUGAGAAGCAAAAAAAUUCUUUGCAUGUCAUUUUACUUUAUAGCCAUGCAUCUUUUCCUCAGUUUGCCUCCUUUUCUGUAAAGAUGAGUCGAGGCAAUGCAGUUUUACAAUAACGUUUCCUUGAGGAGGAAAUAUUGCUCCUCUAAGACAUGAUCUUGUAUCAAGCCUUGAGUUUCAAUAAAAGUGCUAAAAAUUUAAUGUGUACAUUGGAGUUGUGUUUGAUGUUGUACAGAUGGAGUGAGGUUCCACAGUAGUGUAAGCAUUUGUGGAGCCUGGCAGAUUCAGCUGACUGCUGCAUAUUAGUAUCUGUACAACCUCAAACUUUAAGUCAAAGUCCACUGCUCUGACUUAUUUUUUUUUGAACACAACUCCAUGAAUAAUUGGUGUAACAAAAAAAAAAACAUACAAAGCAAGUAUACCAUUGUUUCGACUAUCCAGAAUACAGUUAAAACCCACAAGUAAGAACCUACAUUUUCCAGGGUUAGCCUAAAUAGGUUCUUACAUAAAUGGUUGUUAACAUAAAUUUAGGCUAUCUAGGUUCUUAAAAGGUUCUUAAUUUCUUGGAAAAAAUUAUGUCAUUGCUAAGAAGAUUUUAGUGAUCAGCACCCUUAAAUUUGCAUACCUAAUUAUUGCUUGUAUUUUAAUAUGACCAUAAUAGAGAUCUAUUCUCCCAUGAAUUUUAAUUUCUUGAGUCAAAACAACUUUAUAUACAUGAUUGUGCUGUAAAACACAAUAUUAUAAACAUUUUCUCAAUGACCCCAAUCAAACAACAUUUAUAUAAUAUUAUGUACUAACUUAACUUUUGCAAUUGCAAUUAGUAAAUAUUUUUAAAUGAUUUUUGAAAAUAAGAACCUUUCUCCAAAUUUUAGGCUAAAGAGGUUCUUAUAUAGAGGGUGUCUAAAUUGCAAAUUUUAGCCUAACAGGUUCUUAAAUCUUAGGUUCUUACUCGUGGGUUUUUACUGUAGCACAAAUAUUGAAAUCCGUAUAUGUCUAAAAGAAAAACAGUAAGCCAAAGCACUGGACAUUGACUUAAAAGUUCAGUGUAGAGGUUGCAUAGUUGAAAUAAUGAUCUUUCAGAAGAUGUUUAUUAAUGUCCAACUUUCCAAACGUUUUAGGCAAGUGUUGCAGGGGAGGUCAUUUUCAAUGAGAAUUAAAUAAACACUUUUGUAAUCCAAGGUAUUUUUGUUGAUAAUACUAAUGCCCUCAGUAUAACAUGUGCACCUUUGGCAAGGCUACUGGUUAGUUAAUUUGGAACUUUCAGAUAUUUGCAAUGGCAUAAUGCUACUCCUGAAAAUAUUUAAUUAUUUUGCAUUGAUUACAAAAGUAGUUUGUAUCGGGAAAUCAGGUUAUUUCUCUUCUUGUUGAAAGACCUCCUGUCUGUAAACAUGCAUGUUGUUUGCAAUGCAGUGUUGAAUCUAAAGGGCCCACAAUGUUUGCAUGACUGAUCAUAAGACAGGCAGCAAGGCAAAGCUGCACUGCCUCUAGAGUCCCUUAUCUCUGUUCCUUCCCUCCCAAUCAUCUGGAUGCGCUGAGUCAUGGUGUGGUUCCUGCUUCAAGUGUAACCUGGUGAACAUUUCAUGCCGGCUCCCAGGGCAGAAACAACCUCCAAAAUAUCACACAAUGGGACAGGUAGCUUACUAGUUACUCAACAAUCCAGGCAAGUUUGAUUGGACAAAAUAGAUGACAGGCUACCUUAUGGCCAAGUCUACAUUUAUUUAUGACUACUUGCUAAUGUUAAGUGGAUUGGGAGGGUUGCAAGAAAUCCUUCAGUCCAAAUAAGUGUCACCGUUUCAUUUGGAACACUGUACCCACGUGAGUAUGCAGGUACUGUUUCUGACAUUUGCAACAAAAUGUAUCAUUAGGGAGCUGGCAUUUCUGUUUUGACGCCCUCUUUUUAUUGUGCGAGUGGAUUAUUGGCAUGCAUUAGCUCAUUUCAUUACCUCAUUGCGACAUUCUUUUAGAUAUCUCUGACAUCAAAUUUGUCAUCAACUUUGACUUCCCAAGUUGCUCUGAAGAUUAUGUGCAUCGCAUCGGUCGAACAGCACGUUCAGAUCGUACUGGGACAUCAUACACAUUUUUCACCACUGGAAAUGCCAAGCAGGCCAAGGAUUUGAUUUCUAUAUUGAAAGAAGCCAACCAGCAUGUCAACCCCAAGCUCAUGCAAUUGGCAGAACAAGCAAAGGGAAUGUUUGGCAGAAGUGAGUGUGACCAUACCUCAUUCUGCAUGUAAUAUUGGAUUAAUGCCAUGAAAACACUUAAAAGAUUCUUCAGGACUACAACAGGGUUUAGAGAAGCUCUUGUUCAGGGUUCCUGAAAACAUAACAUGAUAAUGUAAAUUUAUUAUACAUGUAGUAAGUAACCAAAGAUUUGCACAUCUUGCCUUGAAAAAAAAAGUCAGUGUUCUGUACUUUCAGACUUUCUGAGAUAAACAGAAACCUUUUCACAUUUCUAUUCAAGUGUAUAAUACCAUACUCCUUCAGGAACUUAAUAGUAAAGAAACAUGUAUUAGGCCAUUUUCUUCAUGAUGCAAGUUGACUACUUAGAGCGGUUUUCACUUGACUGUUGAAAGUAAUUGAGGAAUUGGUUUGGUUUUGGUUUUACUACGCCCUUUGGUUGGCUAGUGUAUUUACUUUGGUUUUGGUUUUAUGACAGUCAAGUGAAAACCGCUCUAUUUCAAUUUGUCAAUCUCACAGAGAUUUAUCAACCAUAGCCCUGGUUUGCACAUGAAAACAGCAAUCUGAAGGAUUCUGGUUGUUGUGGUCAAAAUUUAUGGUGUCAUCAUACAAAAUUUCUAUUGCAGACUGAAAGUAAUAUUAAGUUUCAUUUCAGAUCGUAGCCGUUACCGCGACAAAAAUGCCCAGCAAAGCACUGGUGGUUCUUUUAACAGAAACAGCUAUGGAGAUGCACGUGGUGAUUCCAGAAGUGGAGGCGGUAACCGCUCUGGUGGAUUCUCCGGUGGUGGUCGGGGAAACUCUGGAAGAGGGGGUCACUCCAACAGGAAUGCAGAUUCACGUGGUGACAAAGGAGGCUACGGGGGAAGGCAUCAGCCGCAACAGAAUGGCUCAUGGAACAGUAUGAUGGGAGGAGGAUACAACAGUUACGGCAGUACUUAUUCACAGCAUCCACCACCCCCACCCCCUCCAGGGCCCCCACCCUCACAGCCAAAUGCACCUCAACCGUUAAUGCAGCAUGGCCAACAGCCACAGUACACCCAACAAGCCCCUGUCUACCAGCAGACUGCCUACCAACCCUACCAGCCACAGGCUACCAAUGCUGUCCAAGGCCAAAUACAACAGGCUGCUGCAUGGGCCUACCCUCAACAGACCUAAACAUUCAACGCUUAAUAACUGACUGUUAUUAAUAUAAACUUUUUUCAAUAUUUUGUAUAUUUAUUAGAAUGAUCACUGUACCAGAGGUGAAGAUGUGAUCACAUUAAGUCGUUUUAGAAGCAAGCAGUGUUACAGCCAAGUUUUUAUUUCUUGUGAAAAUUAAAUGUGCACUCAUUGUGCUUGAUCUAAGAGUUUUGGUUGCCCAGAGGCUCAUUGGCAUCACAGAAAGCUAGGGCUCUUUGGUAUUUAAUUUUAAAUUUUAAUUUAGUUUCUCUUGAUGUUUUUCUUUUGGGAGUAGACAAUCAUGAUCUGUUUUUAGAAAUAAUGUAACUUCAGCAAUCAAUGUCUCUUCAGAGACUUUGGAAAUGGGACAUGUCAUGCAUUAAAUUUAGUUCACUGAGUAAUUAUUUUGUCGUUGUUUUGUAUUAUGAUAAUUACAAUAAUAUUGCAAAAACUGAGAAGUGGUCUCAGAGUUUGUAGGGCCAUCCAAGAGUCCUUAUUAAUUUUUAUCUUUUCUUGUUGAAUAAGUGCUCAGUCAACUGAGUUUUGUGGAAUUCACUUCAUGAUCCCUUCCCAAGCUAAUACCGCUUUGCAGUGUCCAUACAAACAAGGCCUUUUCUGCUCUCUCUUAAUUAAUGGACACCUAGACAACACCUCUUUAGAUUCUCCUGAUAUAGCCACCAAUGAAAAUCGAAUUCUUUCUAAAUCGUUGAAAUGCUCUUGGCGUCGCUUAAUCACCUAACUCCGUUACUUGGUUUAUUUUUUACCAAGCACAAAAAAAGAGAAAUUUCAUAUUUUGGCCUAAAAUUAUCUUGUAUCAGUUUUGGACAAUUAGAAUCUGCAAAGAAAAUUGAGGUUAAACGAAAGUAAUAAACAUAUCGCUAUGUUUCACUGUCAGUUUUUGUCCAAGAACUCGUUCUGGGGCCUUAUUGCGCCAAUAACUGUAAAUCGGUAAUUAGAUCUUCUCUUAAGCUUCAAGUUUCCACCCUAAAAUAAAGAAACCCACGAAGUAAUGUUAACCUGCAGACUGUAGCUCUGGAAACAGGUGCAUGAUAAGCGAACAAUUUCGAUGCCUGUUAUUUAUCCUUUCAAUUGACUAUUUCUUAGAUGCAAAAGGUACCCACGUAGCGUGCCCAGUGGCCUACAGGUAGCAAUACAAAGCAAAGGUCACUAGAGCAGGUCUGGCACUGCUCUUUUGAUAAAAUAACGGAUUGUGAUUAGGGGUAGGAGACACUUAGUGUUGCUUAUUUUACCGUAGUAUGGUUGGUAACCUGGGCCCAGUUGUUUGAAGGCUGAUUAGUACUUAACCUGGGUUUUUCUUUCUUAUGUUCAAAAGCAUUUUCCUGGAUAAUUUUCUCUGUAAUUUUUAGAACUUCCAAUCAUCAACUUGUGGACAAAAAGAAUUAAAACUAAAAUGCUGUUUAAGCUUUCAAAUCUGAAUUCAAAUCUCAGCUUUGAACAACUCAGCCCAGUACCCUAACGUGACUUUGACCUGCGUUUUGUACCUGCCACUGCGUAAGCCCAUGUUGAAGUAUAAACAAGGAGGGGAUUUCACUAGUCGAAGAAUCGUGAAAGUGUAGGGAAGGUACUCUACCAGUAUUUGGGUAUAGGUGAGCCACUGAGGGUUUGAAAUCCUGAUCCUGUUGUAUUAUGUAUUACUCAAUAAAUAUCGUCAGACUUACUG